CAUUUCAAAUACACAGUAAUGUCAAGUGCUGAAUUUUUCGGCUCAUUAGUAUUUGUCGCGAGCUGCUCGGUUAAUUAUCGCAAUGUCGGUGGUCGUAUUACAGUGGUGAUAAGUAGGUAUAGUAAUGAUAUGAGAAGAUGACGUUAAAAAUAGACUUAAGAGAUAGAGUUCGUAGAGAAAGAGGUCGCUUGAGUAGUAGGCUAUUGUUAAUUGAAGAUGAAGAUUCGGUAUGACAGUGAAGCAGUUUUGCUGUGUUUGUCAAGCGCGGUGCAUCGUUUAUUCUCUGCUACAUGUGUUGCAUUCGUUAAAAUGACAUUUUCGAUGUGUCAACUUUUCUUUGUUUAUAGUUAGUGUUUCUCUACUUAAAUCAUCCUCCCCCUCCUACUUCCCCUUCCCCUACAUCUACUUUCUCCCUCAAUUUCUGCGUAAAUAUUUAUCAUUAUCAAAAAAAUAUAUAACCUCCAAUAUCGGUGAUCAAUUUGUGUUCAACAAAGAUAAUUAUUGCAGCUGUCCAGAAAUGUGCAAUGAAUUCUCGUCAACUGCGCAUCCUGAUUUUUGAGUUGUGCGCAUAGAGUUUGGGUCAAAACGAUAUUAUGGCCCUGCAAUGGACACCUUUACGGCUGAUGAUGACAGGAGACACCCGCGUUAACAAGCAUCGCACGGCCAACGAUCUUCUGCUGGAGUUGAAGAGACGAACCCCGUUGAUGCAAGACAAAGCCGUUCAGUCCUCCUACGACAAUCUCACCAUGGACGAAUCGUCAGCCGCCUACGACAAUCAUCUCUCCACGUCACGCGACGACAUGGUCACGUCACGCGACGAUAACGUGUCGUCUAUGACGUCACGCGACGAUAUCGUGUCGUCUAUGACGUCACGCAACGAUAACAUGUCGUCUAUGACGUCACGCAACGAUAUCAUGUCGUCCGUGCCGUCAGUGACCGUUGCCGAGAUCAACAGUCCAACGACAGACAGCAACGGGCCGUCUAGUCCCAUCUACUCGAAGCCUUUCCAGCGAGGUGGCACGAGUCUCAGCGAGGAUAGUGGCCUCGUCGACGAUGGGUUCGGAGGAACACUCGAUGGAGUCGACUCGGCGACGCUCGAGUUGAGGCCUAAACAUUUUCUGGGCUCAUCGAAAAAGGACGCAGACGACGAGAUCAAAGAGCAGUCGCCGCCCUCCCUGAUCUCCAACAAUUGUCUCUACAAAGAACAAAAACUCAAAGAACAAUUCGAAACAAAAGAGGACUCCAACACCAACAACUGCGCUCUCGAAUGCCUCGCCUUCACGCUAGAGUGUUGCCAGUGUGUCAUUCUAUGAGAUUUCGCUCAAAUCAUAUCAUCAACUAGUGAGAAAACCCGUCAAACAAUGUGUGGGACCAAGAACUUGAACUAUAUCCAAAUGUCAUCAUACUUCUAUUGCCUAAAUCAUAUUAUUGAAUAGUGAGAAACCCCUCAAACAAUGUAUGGGACAAAGAAAUUGAACUGUAUCAAAUUGUAUUAUUACUUGAACUGUAUCCAAUGUAUCAAUAAUAUUCAGUGUUGGAGCUGGUAGAUUUACAAGUAUGUUCAGAAAUUACAUUCUUAAAUAGUGAGAAAACCUCCAAACAAUGUAUGGGACCAAUAACAUGAAUCCUAUGUAUCGUUAUUCAGUGUCUUAGAUUUUCCAGUUACAUCUCACAUUACAUUAUUAAAUAAGGAUAAAUUCUCCAAUGGACCCAAUAGCUUGAACUGUAUUUAAUGUAUCAUUAUUAUUUAAUGUCGGGAGUAUGGUAGAUUUUCUAGUAUAUUAAGCCACAUAUAGGACGAUGGGACCAUUACCUUGAACUACUCCCGUUGAAUUCAGUGUUAGAGGUGGUUAUAUUCAUUAAUAUAUCAUAAUACGCCUUAUGAUACAUCAUAAUUAUGUAUUACCAUAAGUAAAAAAACUCCUCAUAGUUAAUGUUGAACAUGUAGAUUUAUGUUGAAAGACUCACAAUUUAUUGUUUCAUAAUACUGUAUACUCGUAUAUGAACUGUUGAAAAACUAAACUGUAUUUAGUUGAUAUUAUUUUUAUAAUACCCUACAAAUUCGAGAAUGGUGUAUUUUUGAAGUGUCAUACAAUUCUUCAAUAUUUUAACAGUGUUCUUUUGAUAAGAUGAAUAUGAUAUUAUAAUUGCAUGUAGAAACCGUUGUACAAAAUGGUUACAGAUAAAAUAAGCUGCCAAUUUUGUUUAGUUUGUAUGAUAUUCAAUUGAAUGCAGGCAUGGUGAAUAUUGAAUAAACCUAAUGAGUUGAAACCUCUAGCUCAAAACCAGGCUAUAUUGAACUUUAUUACAAGUGAAUUAUGGUAUUAUUUAUGACUGGUUUAUUGAAACUUUAUAAGAUAUUAAUAAUAUUAUUAAUUCUGAUUCAGUGUAUAGGACUUAUGUGAACUUACGGAAUAUUGCAGCUUGGACUGCGGGCUUAACAAUCCAAUAUGAUUAGUACAGUAUAGUGUUCCAAUUUCUAGAUAAUUUUCUAUGGAUAUCUUGGUUUUUUAAUAUUGAUUAGAAUACAUUCAAUGACUGUGUCAAUUCAUGGAAGAUUUGUAGAACAUUAUAAAUAAUUGAGGACUUUAGAACAAGUUGAGAAGUAUCAAAUAUAAUGGAAUCUUUCAGGAUAAGAAAGUUGUCGAUGAUAUCAGUGAUGUUCACGUGCAGCUUUUAUUAAUUAGUUCAUCAGUACUACAAGUAAACAAUUCUAAAACAAUUCAUCGUAAUCUAUUUUUGUGAACACGCUAUUAAAAUCUAAAUAAUUUAGUUAGCAAAGACUCUCGCAUAAAUAUGAAAUCUUCCAGAGAAUAGCCAGUGUUCUAGAGAGCAUGUGUAAUGUAUAUUAUUUAUUGUAAAAAUUAAUACACCAUAUAUUUUUGUAUUCUCGAAAAUUAGUGAUAUUUUAAGCUACAAUUUAUAAUAUAUUUCAAUUAAAAGACAUUGUGCCUUAUAGUAUGUGGUUUUUGCAUUUGAAUUGGACUGGUUUUGUAAUACUGUACUAGAUUUUUGAAUAGGCCUAAUAAUCGUUGGAAAUGUGCCUUUCAUGUUAUCAGUUGUAGGUUUAGUAAAAAAGAUGAAAAAAUUAAAAGGUUUAGAUUAUUUCUAUCAAUUUGUUUUAAUGGCAUAAAUUUUAUAAAGCUCGAUUGUUUUAUAAUAAUAUAUUUGCAGACUUGACACGUUUUUCUAAAUUAUUUGAGUCUUUAUAUACUUGAAAUGUGGAUUUUGUCAUUGCCUGGUUAUCCAAAUCGGACUUGGAAGAGUUGAGCCUUGCGGACACCACUACGAUUCGCAUGGCAGUGACGGUGAUGAAUUCAACCAUUUAACCUCGGGUUAAAAAUUCGCCCGUUCCCGUUGCCGUCAUGCGAAUCGCAGACGUGUGCACAAGGCUUCAUGUAGGAAUCUGUUCAAACUAGCCUACUAGAGUAUAAUGCUUGCCAUGUGUAUAAAAGCAAAUGAUUAACCAAAUAACUAGCAAUAAAAUAUCUCUAUGAAGCAAUUUAUUUCAAAGUAUUUAAAGUAGCCUAUACUAUUUUUGUGAAUUGAAAACUUUUAAAAUGUAUUUUUGUAAACUAGAUUCUCUUUAGGUUAUCUUGUUACAUUCCAAAGGAAUUAAGAAAUUUCAUUGUCGAGUUGAUGAAUAUCUUAAUAGAUUCAUUAGGCACUUGGAUGUAGUUAUUCUCAGUGAAACAGUAGACCUGAUUAUCCAUUUCAAGGACAUUUUUCUUGCGAGUUGGAAAUCUAAUUUGUAAUCUAAUAUUUUUUAAGAUUUCUGUAAGCUACGUAGAAAUUUCUUAACGUUUCAAUGCAACUGAGAUGUGAUGAAUAUACAUUCUACAGUAUCGUAUUGUAGAAUUUGUAUACGAUAGGUAGGUUACUCUAGAAAAGUAUUCAAAAAGUUUCAUAACUACAUUUAAAACUACAUUUCAACUCAGUAAUAAUUCAUUCAAAUUGUUUUAUCAUAACACACCUGUAUUAACAUACAAGAAAAAAUAAAAUAAUAUUUGAAACGCUAGUUUGAGGACUAUAGUGAUGUUCAAACGAUGUUUCUAGGAUCAGUAUUAUCUGGUGACUAGAAUCAAUAUCUGUAAUUAAGUCUUCCUUAAGUUAUAACUUAUUCGUAUUCUAUGUUAUUAUUCUUAUUGUUAUUAUUGUUUUACUGAGAUUAAAAUAAUCAUGUAUUAAAUUUGCCAAUUGGAUGCUACAAAUAAGUGCUGAUAAUUGUAGUUUCUCGAAUAAGGGUUUACUUCAGAGGUUUGAUUCCUUCGAUAUAUCCUAUUUUGAUUUAUCAAUUUGUUAUAUUGUUUGAAAGCAUGAAUUCAUGAUCCAUCCUAAUUUUGUGAAUUAUCAUUCUUGUUGAAACCCACACAGACAUAAUAUUGAAAUAUUUGUUGCAAAGAUUUUAAUAUGCCUAACAUGUCUUCAAAGGUUUGGCUUAAACUGAAUAACGCUUCUAUUCCUUGUUAUAUACUCUAGAUAAUAAAUAUUAUAACUUGCUACUUCUAUAGAAUCUCAUUAAUGUUUUAUUGUCUUACUGUAGUAAUUGUUUAAUUUGAUGGUAGUUCACGUUCCUCGAUUAAUAAUCUUAGUUACUUUGUUAAAUACAUACUUUUGAGCUAACUGAAAUUAUUUUCCGGUGUAUUAGAAAGUUAUCAUUCUGAUUAUUGCAUGCAUAUUGAAGAACUAGGUUUUAUUGAUUAUUUGAAUGUGGAAUAUUGUUAAUGAAGGACAUUAUUCUCGAUUGCUUCUAAUGAAUCAAUCUAUUUUAUGUUGACUCCCACGUUCAAUUAUUUCGUAUUUUUUAAUAUUAAAAAUUAAUUAAUAUUGUCCUCUACGUGCCUAUUAUGUAUGUUAGAUUCCGGUUUUCUAUUCUAGACAGGCUUUUUUGUAGAAAUAAUUUUUCUAGGUUACUGUAUGUGUGAAUAAUAGUUCAUCUUCAUUUGUUAUUUUGAGUAAACUGUUUCAUUCUAAUAUUGAUAUGAAAUCCUCAAUUAAACGAAUUGCCAUAAUUUUCAUGUUUAAAAAUGCUCAAGCUACAAAGAAAAGACACUACUGUAGGCUUUAUUAUGAUUAAUAUUUCCAAUCGUUUUCAAGGUGAAUUAUUGUAAUAUUAAUUAUAUUAACUACAUUUUCUAUUUUUGUUCAAAAUUCAAUCUCCGAAUUCAAAUUGUCCUAGUUCGGUAAAACACAUAUAUUUUUAGAGCUUUUCUUAUAAAAUAUGCAAAAUGUGUUUCAUAUUUAAAAGGGUUUUGUAUGAUUAAUUGAACUUGUGUAACAAAUUUGCCCCAUCAUGACAAUAAUUAUAAAUUUUCAAUUUUAUGUAAUUUUGUAAUGUACUAUAAAAUAUCUUUUAGUUAUCAGUUUAAAAUGUUUAAAGCCUAAUUUUAAAAUUUCCAUUACUUAGAUUUCAUAUUUUAUGAUAACAUGGUUUGGAUUUCAAAUCACUUAUUAUUAUAUUCAAAGACUGUUCUAGAGACUAAUAUAAUUGAAAGUAUUGAACAAUAUUAGUUCAUGAAAUUAACGUUUUAUAAGUAAUAGCAAAUUCAUCAUUUUAUAAGCAAUUAGAAUACCAAGGUAUGUGAUAAAGAGGUUCUGUGAUCAGUAUUAGACCCAGCCUUAUGCACACUGGUACGAAUUCUGUACUGGACGCGGGACGAUCAUUUAUGGAUUGAAAAAUGUCCUGCUCUCGUCGUUGUACCGUAUCCCGCACAAUAUUCGCAUCGGUGUGCGAAAGGCACUACUUUGAAAGUUUGUGCUGCUUGCAAAAGUUUGAAACCUAUACACACGAGCUGAUAAGUCAAAAUAUAGAAAUUAUAUUUAUCCAUUAUCUUAUUUAUUUGUAAUUUUCAUUAAACGUUCAAUAAACUGUAUGAAUAAUGCUGUUA